AUGAUAGGAGGUGACAAAAUUAUCAUCUACUACGGAAAGAAAUACCCCUUCGUAUGUAGAACAAUACUUAACGUACAUAAGAUUCUCAGUCAAAAGGAGAACGUAGAGGGAAGAAGUAACCACUUUCCGAAUGACAAAGUAAAAUUUGUCAAGGACGAAAAUGUAGAAGAAAUAAAGGUAGAGUUUGUCAACAAAGCAGAAGAAGAAAACGGAGAUAAGUGCAUAAAUACCACGGACAAAAUAUUUGCAAAGACUUUAGACGAAAUAUUGCAAACAAAGUUAUACCAUUCAUUCUGUGAGAAUAACAAAAAAGAAGACAAACAGACAGACGUCUAUGUACAAGCACAGUACGACGAAUGGGUAGACUAUUUCAGGAACAAACAUAUGCAAAAGGAAAUACUAAUAAUUUGUGAGUACGUAAAUAAACACCUCCAUUUAAAUACCUUUAUAUGCGGCGAGUAUUUAACCCUAUCAGAUUUAUAUGUGUAUUACGAAAUGUACAGAUAUUUUAAUGUGGCCAAUUGUUACAAUGUGAAGUACACAAAACAGUUUAGGAAUAUCAAUAGGUGGUUCAAGUUAAUCAACUGUUUAGUGAAUUAUCCAGAUGAAGAGUUAAGCACAAUGGUAAAGAAGGAACUAGAAAAGAACCAAGUAAAUAUUACAAAAGAUGCAAAUAGCAAACAAUUGUUAAAACAGAAAACUGUGUGCACUUCCUAUGGUGGUAAAUUAGAAAAUGCAGAAAAGGGAAAUGUAAUUACGAGGUUUCCUCCAGAACCAUCGGGAUACUUACAUAUUGGCCAUGCCAAAGCAGCUUUCCUCAACAGUUAUUAUGCAAAUAUGUAUGAGGGAAAAAUGCUACUCCGUUUUGAUGAUACAAACCCAGUUUUGGAAGACAUAAAGUUUGAGACAUCCAUCAUGGAAGAUCUAGAAAAUUUAGGAUUAAAAUAUGAAAAGAUUAGCUACACAUCAGACUAUUUUGCAGAUCUAGAGGAUUACUGCAUUAAGUUAAUAAAAAUGGGAAAGGCAUAUGCAGAUGAUACGAAUGUAGAAGAAAUGAGGAAUCAGAGAGGGGAAGGAAUUGAAUCCCGAAAUAGAGAGAACAGCGUAGAACAGAAUCUACAAUUGUUUGAAGAAAUGCGUAAGGGAACCGAAAUUGGACAGAAGAAUUGUAUUCGUGCAAAAAUUGAUAUGCAGAGUAAGAACAAAUGCAUGCGAGAUCCCGUGUUAUACAGAUGCAUAGUAGAUACACCUCAUCACAGACACGGGUUCAAGUUCAAGUGCUACCCCACGUACGAUUUUGCAUGCCCUAUAAUUGAUUCCAUUGAAGGAGUAACGCACGCAUUGAGAACGAACGAAUACAGUGACCGCAUAGAACAAUACAACUGGAUUAUUACAACCUUCCAGUUGAGAAAAGUAUACAUUUACGAAUUUAGUAGAAUCUCUUUUGUCAGAACGGUUAUGUCAAAGAGGAAGUUAAAAUGGUUUGUUGAAAAUAAGGUUGUGGAUGGAUGGCUAGAUCCACGUAUGCCCACUAUCAAAGGGAUCCUCAGAAGAGGAUUAACGAAAGAAGCCUUGUUCCAAUUUAUACUAGAACAAGGACCCUCCAAAUCAGGAAAUCUCAUGCAAUGGGAUAAACUAUGGUCCAUCAACAAACAAAUAAUCGACCCAAUCAUCCCCAGGUUUGCAGCAGUAGAUAAAAAAAAAGGAGUUAUUCUUAAAUUAACAGACUUGACCGAGGACAUUGUCGAAAAGACGAGAGAUCUACACAUGAAAAAUAAAUCCCUUGGCACAUGCUCCAUGCUUUAUACCAACCGUUUCUUUAUCGAAUUGGAGGAUGCACAAACGUUAGGAGAGCAAGAAGAAAUUACCCUCAUCAAACUAGGAAAUGUUAUCAUCACCAGUAUUGUAAAAGGGGACGACAAUGAUAAUGGAACAGAUACCCCAGUCAUUAAGGAAGUCAUCGGAAAAUCCAAUUUCGAUGGAGACUUCAAAACGACAAAAAAAAAAAUACACUGGGUGCCAUACAUACCCGAAAAAUUAAUCACCUGUACGCUUUACGAAUAUGACCACUUAAUUACCGUUGACAAAUUUGAAAAUGAUAAUAAGGAAGACUGGACUAAAUUUAUCAACUCCAAUAGCAAGUACGAAACGGUGGUGUACUCCGAACCAGCCAUCACCUCCCUUAAAGUGUCAGACAGAUUUCAGUUCGAAAGAAGGGGGUACUUCAUUGUCGACAAGGUUGUGGACAACCACCUUCAUUUGAUUAAAAUCCCCGACGGAAAAUCCAAAAACAUGUCUAUUAUCAGUUCCAAGGUAAACCCCCAAAAUUUGGCCGGCACCAAAACUAAGGUCCCAGACGCUCUGGAGAAGUCUGCCAAGGGGGACCAAGCUGUCGAAGCGAAGAAGUAG